AUGGAGCAGUCUGAGGAUAGUGAUUGUGAUGUGCUGAAAAAAAUUUUAACCGAGGAUGAGUUAACCCAAGUUUCUGAUACAGUCGCCAACAAGCUUAGGAAGUAUUUCAAUGAACAUUUUGAAGAAUACAUUACGGCCAAAGCCGUAUUUCAACACAGCAAACAAAGUCUUGAGAAGAAACUUGAGAAAUUACAAAAAGAUUUCAAAGAACGUGAAUUAGAUUUAGAAGAACACAAAGGGAAGCUAGAACUAACUGAGAAUCACGUUAACGAAUUACAAUCGAAACUCGACGAAGCGAAAAAUGAGAUUUACAAACUACAAGAAAAUGUUAAACGGUUGCAAAAAGAAACAUCAGAAUUUCGUCGUCAACGUGACGAGGCAGUUGAUGAACGUAAUACGUUACAGAUGCAGGUGGAACGUCGUGAUCACGAGGUAGAGAGACUGCACACUGAAGUAACAUCGCUGUCCAGCCAAUUACAAGCCGCCGUAACGGCGAAAUGUCAAGCGAUUGCCGAAGCUGAAGAAAUUCGUAGCCGUGAAAUGAAUCUCGAGUACAAAGAAAAGCGACUUGACCAAGAGAGGACACUGACUGCGCAACAGAUCAGUGCUUUGGAAAUUGAAUUGUCCAAAAGAUCGAUGGAGUUGCAAGCUACACGUGCCGAAGCAUCUUCGCGGGCUCUUCUGACUGAUACGCGUCUCGCACAACGUGACGAAGAACUCAGAAUAUGCAAUGAAACCUUGACGCAGUUGCGUGAAGCUAAUUCAAACCUCCAGAGACGUUGUGAUGAGCUGAACCAAAAAGUCGAAGAUCAACGGUCCCACGAGUUGUCAAUGCAUUCGUCGUACCGCGAGGAAAUUGGUGCCCAGACUCGACUUGCUGAUUUGUACAAGGGUAUGGCUGAUGAAGCUAAUUCAAAGGCUGAAGAAUUCACUAACGCAGUGAAAGAGCUUCAGGAUCUGUUAGAACAAGCUACAGAGCAAUAUGGAGCCCUCGAGACUGAAUGUGGACAGCAAAAGCUUAAUUAUGAAGAAUUGAUGAGUCAAAAAGAUGAAAAAAUUGCUGAGAUGACAAAAGAAUUGGAACAAGCUAAUGAGCUUCUUAAAAGUAUCAAACAAGAACGAUUAGAUCAAGCCGUUGAACAAUUAGCGCCAACUGCUGCUACUACGAGUCGUAUUUUAAAGAAGGGUUCGAGUUUAACUCAGAUAUACACAUCGCUUGUAGAUACUGUUAAUGAAUUGACUCUCGAACGUGAAGAAAACGAAAGACUUAAAUCACAGAUGGAUGUUAUUCUUCGGGAAUUAGAAGAGCGAGCGCCAAUACUUCAACAACAGAGAGAAGAAUACUCAGCAGCUUUGUCAAAUGUUGCAACUCUCACUAAUCAACUAGACGAAUUGUUAGCACAGAAUAAUCAGAUGCAAGAGAGUCAUGAUGAAGCUAAACGCAUCGCCAAGCAUUUGACUCGUGAGAAUCAAAAGUUGAAGACUGAGUUGUCUGAUUUAGCAAGACAGGUCUGUUUCUUGUUGAAAGAAGUUCAAGAAAGCCGAACUGGUAAUACAGUUCCCAUGAACAUGGACAGUUCAAUGGAUGCAGAUCUAGCCUCCUCAGAUUUAAUUAGUAAAAAACUGGUGACUUUUAAGGACAUCGAAGAGCUACAGGAGACUAACCAAAAACUCUUAGCUGUUGUUCGGACAUUGUCGUCAAGACAAGAAGAAAUUGAGCGUGCAACUGAUGAUGUUGCCAGCGGGGAAGUUAAGGAGAAACUUGACAGAUAUGCUGAACAAAUUGCGGAAAUGCAGGCGUCACAAGAGCGUCAAACUAAGAUGGUAGAAAGUCUGAUGAGACAAAAAGACAUGUACAAGUCUAUGUACCAACAAGCACUGAAUAAGACGGGCAAGGAGAUUGAUAAUGAGGAAGAAGAACCUAUGGAACAAGAAGAGAAAAAUACUUGUGAAGGAGAAUUUGCCGAUAAAAAUAAUAAAAUUGUUGAAGAAAACAAAAACAAGAUCAAAGAGUUAGAGAGUAAAUUGGCUGAGACGGAGAUUAAGUUGAAACAGACUUCUGAUGAGUAUGAAAUUUAUAAAAAAGAAAAGGCUGCACAUGAACGAAUGUUGGGUGAGGAGAUUGAGCGGCUGAGAAAAGAAGCGGAGAUUAAUUCUACGCGUUGCUGUCGGCUUAAAGUGCAGCUUGAUUCAUCCCAAGAGCGUUUCAAUUUAUUACAGGCUAAUGUUUCAACCUACAAGUCGCAGAUUAAAUCAUUAGAAGAGAGAUGUGCCAAUUAUAGUACGACUAUCGCCAAACAUGAACAGAGUAUUAUUAUGUUAAAAGAUGACGCUAUGUCUUCUCAAACACGCUUAUCUCGUGCUGAAGUUCAAUUGGAGACUGUGAAACAAGAGCGACAAUUACUACGUGAUUCUGAAUCACGCUUGUUAAAAGAGCGUGAGAUGUUACAUCGUGAAAGACAGACCAAUGCAUUACUUAAAGCUGACGUCGAGUCGAUCAAGGCAAGUUUGGAACGUGUGCAAGCUGAAGGUCAGCUGAGAACCGAGAUGAGACUGGAUGACUCGAUUCGUGAGUGUGCUGCGUUACGUCGUCGUCUACAAGAAGAGCAAGAUCGCUUCAGAGAGUUAACAUCUCAUUUGGAAAAACAGUUGGCUACUGCUCAGGAGAGAUUGGCUGAAGAGCAAAGUCAGGGUGAACGUCUACGCAGUGAUUUGGAGACAGCUCGCACAGCGCAAACAACUGCUGAAAAACGGGCAGAUGAACUGGAAGCCAAAUUGAGAGAAACAAUCACUCAAUCUCGGGCUAAGCCGAUUACCGGCGAUGAGAAUUUAGCCAAGAGAUUACAGGAGCUAGAGAUGCAAUUGGCAAGUGCUAAUGCAGAAAUCAGAUCGCUUACGGAACAACUGAAGACUUCUCGGCAACAAAAUCAGCAGUAUGGAGAUAUUGCCGACAGUACAGAAGCGCAAUUGAAAGAUAUGACAACUCAGUAUGAAAAACAGAAGCGUGAAUUGGAAACAGCACUCGAAGUAUCGCGAAACGCAGUUUUGGUAUUGGAAAAGAAAGUUGCGAAUCUGGAGAGUGAAUUAACUCAGGCACAGAGUGGACAACAGGUCACUGAUGCUGAGUUGAAGGAGAAACUCGCAGUAGCUGAAGCCAAACUUGAAGAAUUGGAUGAAGUUAAGGGAGAAUUAGAGUUAAUGAAAAGCGACUUGUUGAGUGCGUCUCAAGCUGCCAAGGAAGCUGAAGAGAAAUACGCUCGAGAGAUGCAACUUCAUUCGACAGACCUUCAAGCUCUGGCGAAACUUCGCGCUGAUUCUGCAAAUGUCUCGAAGACUAUAGAUGAAUUGACUCGUGCUAAGAAUGUAGCAGUUGAAGCACUCGAGGCCGAACGCUUGGCGUGUCAUGAACGCGAACAAAAGCUUCAAAAUGAUAUAGAAGAAAUGCAGAAGAGAAUUGAAGAUCUUGAUGCCCAAAAUUCACUACUGCAUAACCAAGUCCAGGAGCUGAGUGAUCGAACAGCCAUUAUGCAGAGUAACAGGUCUUCGUUGGGAGGACAAGAGUCUAUGGAUACUAGCUUAGAUUCGAGUGCGAUGAACCGAAGUUUAACGGGCGUUGAAGAGGAUUCCAAGUCUGCUGAGCAGUUGUUGAGAGUUAUGAAGUAUCUGAGACGCGAAAAAGAUCUCGCGAUGACUAAAUUGGAUGUUUUGAAGGCUGAAAACUUUAGACUUAAAUCUCAAGCCGAAGUUGCUGAGAAACGACUCAAGGAAAGUGAAAUGUUGCUGAGUAAUCAACGAGAGCAGUCUGAAAUCGAGGUUGUAACGACAUCUAAGCACGCAGAUUUAUUGCGCAAAGUUGAAACACUUAACGCCAUUGCGGAUUCCAACAGAAUUCUCCGUGAAGAACGUGACUCUCUGCUUGCUAAGGUCACGGAAUUGGGUAAUCAGGUAGCAACUUUAUCCGAAGAAGUAGUACCACUCCGAGAAAAGGCUCGAGAUCUUGCUGGUAAAAACGAAGCGAUGAUUCAGGAGAACUCUAGCCUGAAGAACGAAGCUACGCGUUGGAGACAGCGUGCAAACACUCUUGUGGAACGUGCGAACAAAGCGAGUCCUGAAGAUUGGAGAAGACUUCAAACGGAACGAGAAAAUCUCAGCAAAUUGUUGACCUCCGAGCGUGAGACUCAUGCAAAACGUAUGGAAGAGUUUAAUGCGUUGAAGAUUGAGAAGACUAAGUUGGAAGAAAAAAUUGCCCAACUGCAAAAACAAAUUCAGAGUCAAAGUGAACAAUUGUUGAAGGUUACAGAGGAAGCACGACAGCUCGGUCAAGAUUACAGUCAAGCUAUUGAAGAUUCAGCGACUUUCAAAAAAGAUCUCGAUCAACUUCAGAAAGAAUUGGGAGAUAAAGAAGCUGUGCUGGUUGAUGUCAAAAAUAAAGAAAUUCAAAUUCGUAAAAUUGCCAAGAAAUACAAGACUCAGUAUGAAGAACUCGCGAAGACCAUGGAGGAAGAAAAAACAAAAGCAGAUGAAAAUCAAGCGGCAGCUAGUGGAGAAGUAUCUGUUUCCGAAGAGCGCGAGAACCAGUUGCGUGAAGAAGGUCGUGAGGAGUUACGUCGACAGAACCAAGAAUUGACAGCGAAAAUAGAGGAGCUGACUCAGCAAAUAACUGCCGUUCAAGCUGAAGCUGAAUCUUUGAAAGCGGAAAUUGAGGCUAUGAACAAAGCGAGUUUUGAUAAGGAGGAAAGAACUAAACAAUUGCUGAAAAACGCACGUACAAGAAUUGUAAUGUUGACAGAUUCAAAUAAAAAGUGCGAGAAGGAACUUAAUGAGUUGAAAAUGAAAUGUGAAUCGGCCAGCAGUGAUUCAGAUCCGAAUGAACAUGAUGCCAGACUUGCAGCACUGAAAUCACAGUUGGAAGGACGUAUUACGCGAUUGGAACAUGAAAAAGCAGAAGCCAAUUCCGAAAAAGAGACACUUCUUCAGCGAGUUGGUCAACUUCAGAGACAGUUGGCUGCUGGAGUCAGUGGAGUUAAUGUUACUGAACCACCUACUGCAAAUAUAAAACCAAUGUCUGCGCGUGCAGAAACUCCUUUGGCCAGCAUUCGGCCCAUGAGCGUUGUCGUCCAAUCUCGUACAGCUGCAGUUUUACCAACAACCGCGAAUAACCCAGUACUUGUCGCCCCUCAACAACAGCAACAAGUCGUUCAUACUACAGAGACCAGUUCGCCUACUAGCAGCCACACCGACUAUCAACCUGCAAGCACAAGUAGUUCCGUCCAACAGCCGUCUAAUUUACGCCAGCUUGCAGUCCAGCCUCAGCUGAGCGAAUCUGCGGAAUCUACACAGCGGGAAGAACCAGAGAAUAUCGAGAAUAUUAGUCAGCAGCAGCCUCAGCAGCAGGCUCAACAACAACAGCCUUGUCAGGCUCAACAACCUCAGUCUCAGGCUCAGCAGCCACAAGACCAGCAGCAACAGCAACAGCAGCCUCAAACUGUUGCUUUGGUGAGUCCAAGAGUUGAGCAGCAACAACAGCAACAACAGUCUCAGCAGACAAGUAGUGAGCAGCAACAGACCAUUGCAAGCAGCUCAACACCGUCUGUGAGCACAUCGCAGGCUUCCAGCGGACACAAGCGACCUCGAGGACUAGACACUUGUGCUUCCGGGUCAGGUGUUGUUGAAGGAACUGAGCACAGUAGGUCCGAGCAAUCGCCAAGUCCAAAAGUUAAGAGAAUUCGUACGCAAGAACUGGCUUCAACUGCGACUACCAGCGGUUCUGAUGUCGAGUAUCAAGUACCGACUUCCAGUCAACGAGAUCAAGAUGAAGAAGGCGAAGAAGGUUGUAUCGUCAUAGUAGAUUGUGAUGAAGGUGAGGGUGGUAGCCAUCAUCAAGCUCAGGAGGAAGAAGAGUUUGAUAACGAUCCGUAUGAAGAAAUGGAGGAGGAAGAAGAAGAAGAAGACGAGGAUGAGGAAGAAGAAGAAGAAAUGCCUUACGGGGUUGAAGCUGAAGUUGAAGGUGACAACAAUGAAGUGGAAAUUAUUCUAGAAGAUGAUUCCAGAAAUGUCGAAGUACCUAGACAAGCACAGCCAACUAUUCCAACUAGUCAGCCUCCGCAGCAACAGUCUGAAGCCAUCAGUAGUGCUGGACCAACAGGAGAACCUUCAACCUUUGUAUCGAGAUCAUCUCGCGGUAUUGCGCCGAUGCCAAGGCAACAGCAGCACUUUUUACUCCCACAGCAGGGUUACGAAGACGGCGGAGACGAUAGUAUCGUUCCUAGUACUCCAACUCUUUUUGUACCACGUCGUGGUGACGGUUUUGGUGAAGCUGUCAGCUCACCCCAGGUUCCUCAAGGCCGAUUUACCUUCGGUGAUUCGGCACCGUCAUCAACACCGACACUGGCUACUCCUACUGCCGUUAAUGUGAGGACAAUGUUCGCACCUUCGGGCUCUGGAGUCGCUCAGGUGGUUCAAGAAGGAAUGGAUGACACGAGAAUGGACUUGACGCAAUUGGAAGACGGAGGAACUGGACGCAGUGUACCAACAACGCCACUUCAGGUAUCACCAGCUGCAGAAUUGCCUCCUUCGACUAGUGGACAGUCUGAGGAACAAGAAGCUCCGGUUUCUGGCACUCCGGUGACAGCUCCGAGUGAUGUGAUGGAAACUACUCCAGUGCCGAGUAUUAGAGUUACUGAUCAGGAGAGUGAACAGAUGGAAGCGGUUCCGGGGUCGAGUACUGCGACGACAAAUGAUGGUGUGAGCUCAGAAAGUGACCAACAGGCUGCUGAAAUUGCAGCUUCCGCGACGGUUGGUAAUGUUGAUGAUGAUUCCAUUGAUGUGCCUGCCGAUGAAGAAGACACCGAAGAAGAAGGUCGGGAAGCUGAAGCCAGUCCUUCUAUUAAUACAAGACAGAGGUCUAUUGCAGCAGCUGCCGCUGCAUCUGGUACUCCGGCUUCUGGUACUGCUGAUGCACGCGGUUCACCUGCCAGGAGAUCUAACAGGACAUAUCGUACCGGUCGCGCUGGAAGACCUACACCAAUCAUCUGGGACAAUAGUCAAGGAGCUAUAGGUCAGUCAAAUCGAGGUCAUCCAGGAGGGAUAAGGGGAGUCAACAAUGAAGUAGCACGUGGUCGUGGUUCUCGUGGCCGGCGUAGUAUGCGUCCCACCAAGUACGGUUAUCCUCGUUAUUAA